AGCGGUGGGCCGGGCAAAGGCUCAGUCUGAGACAUCGACGAGUGGUCGGAUCCUUCUUCCCACCUCCUUCCCCUUUCCCUCUGGGGAAAGGCUGGGGCCAGGCACCCGGGGCUGCGCCGUGGCCCGCUGCGGCCUCAGUUCCAGUCAGGCCGGGCCUGCGGAGAGUCCAGACUCCGCUUCCAGGGCGGGUGCUCCCGUGUGUGGCAUCACGUCCAUCCCUCUGGCCAUGGGGCUUGUCACCAGGAAGGAGGACAAAGUCGGACAGUAGCCAACAAGAUGGGUUACUUGGCACACCUCCCCAGUAUCACGGAGUGGUGGCAGCAGGGGGUCGGAGCCCGGUGAGCAGGGCAUCUGCCCCCGGACACGUGGAAGGACCUGGGUUUCAGUGAUGAGACAUGGGGUAUGAUGUAACUCGCUUCCAGGGGGAUGUUGACGAAGACCUUAUCUGCCCUAUUUGCAGUGGAGUCUUGGAGGAGCCAGUACAGGCACCUCAUUGCGAGCAUGCUUUCUGCAACGCCUGCAUCACCCAGUGGUUCUCUCAGCAGCAGACGUGUCCGGUGGACCGUAGUGUCGUGACGGUAGCCCACCUGCGCCCAGUGCCUCGGAUCAUGCGGAACAUGUUGUCAAAGCUGCAGAUUGCCUGUGACAACGCUGUGUUUGGCUGUAGUGCUGUUGUCCGGCUUGACAACCUCAUGUCUCACCUCAGCGACUGUGAGCACAACCCGAAGCGGCCCGUGACCUGUGAACAGGGCUGCGGCUUGGAGAUGCCCAAAGAUGAGUUGCCAAACCACAACUGCAUCAAGCACCUGCGCACCGUGGUCCAGCAGCAGCAGACGCGCAUUGCUGAACUGGAGAAGACAUCCGCUGAACACAAGCACCAGCUGGCGGAGCAGAAGCGAGACAUCCAGCUGCUGAAGGCAUACAUGCGUGCAAUCCGCAGUGUCAACCCCAACCUUCAGAACCUGGAGGAGACAAUUGAAUACAACGAGAUCCUAGAGUGGGUAAACUCCCUGCAGCCAGCCAGAGUGACCCGCUGGGGGGGAAUGAUCUCCACCCCUGACGCCGUGCUGCAGGCCGUCAUCAAGCGCUCCCUGGUGGAAAGUGGUUGCCCAGCCUCCAUCGUCAACGAGCUGAUUGAAAAUGCCCAUGAGCGGAGCUGGCCCCAGGGUCUGGCCACCCUAGAGACGAGACAGAUGAACCGGCGGUACUACGAGAACUACGUGGCCAAGCGCAUCCCGGGCAAACAGGCUGUGGUGGUGAUGGCCUGUGAGAACCAGCACAUGGGAGAUGACAUGGUGCAGGAGCCAGGGCUUGUCAUGAUAUUUGCACACGGUGUGGAAGAGAUCUAGAAGAACUGGCCAGGCUGUCAGGAAGAGGUGGUGAUCAACAGAUCCCAUCACUCCAGCAACUGGGCCCUGAGUCCUCCACACUGUCCUUAAUGUGCGGCUUGCCUUGGGGCCACACCUCUCCCUGCGCACCAAAGGGUGCGGAGGCACUGGGCUCCGCCCUUCAGGUGGGAGAUCCAGAUGCCCUCCUCUGCCAUAUUUCUCCUCUUCGAGGUCGAGGUCCUCAGUCUGGGUGGGGGCUUGCCUGCCUCCAUUUUUCUGCCCAAGGCUCCUGGUUCCAGAUCUUUCCUGAAAGCACAAAGAUUUGUCUUACCUUAGAGGAACAGGUGGA